GACUAUAUCCUGUUUUGUUUUGCAGGAGCCGAACUUCUAUUUUUCUUGGCCUUUCAACUAAAGAAACUGAAGAAUAUGAGCUCGUGCGUCGUCGUAGGAAAUUCGCGCUCAAGCGCAAAGAAGCUGACGAUGCUUGCGGAGGUCUUGGCGUUCGCCUCCGCGUCUUGCAGUAGUAGGCUGCUUGAACGGUGAGUCUUUCGAUCUGCAAUCCGUGAAUGGAUAAACCAUACUGUAUAUGGAAUAAACCUGGAACUUCCACCGGGGAUUAUGAAGUGUAUUAACUUCAUAUCAUAUGGUGAUGUUUCGUGAGAAUCCUCUCCUGACUCCUGAAUGUCGUUUGAAACUUGCCAAAUGGACAUCUCAUUUAGAUUCAACUUGGGCUGCUAUGAAGCUUCGAUCGGCGUUGCACUCACUGCAAAUCAUUGACAGUCACAGAAAAAUAUAAGAAGGGAAUUUGCUAAUAAGGGAUCGUGUCAAUCAUAGGCUACUCUAUUGAAUUGUCCUCCACUAAUUUACCGCGGAAAAUAGAUGUCAACGGCGGGCUAUCGAAACACCAUAGGAAUAAGUCUUCACCCAUUUGAACACCACCUUAAAAGUGGGGAAAACGAGGGAUACGACGAGACGCGGGAGAAAGGAUGCAGUCGGGAAAGGGAAUGAAGAAGGUCUCAGCAGGUGGAGGAGCGUCGCUCUGCUGUCUGUUGCUCUUGUGGGUCAUCUACUCCCAUCUCCUGAGAGAGGGCCAGUUGGUGGUGGGCACGUGUGAGAUCGUGACACUCAACAGAGACAGCAGCGUGCCCAGGCGGACCAUCGACCGCCAGACUGCCCGCUGUGCCUGCAGGAGAGGCCAGAUCGCUGGCACCACGCGAGCCAGGCCUGCCUGCGUUGACGCGCGCAUCGUGAGGGGCAGACAGUGGUGUGAGAUGGCGCCCUGCUUGGAGGGGGAGGUGUGUGGCCUCCUCUUCAACCGCUCUGGCUGGACCUGUACCAAAGGCAGUGGCCGUAUCAAGACAGUCACGCCCUUGCCUAAGGAGCCAUCGUAAGGAGUUAAGAACUAAGUGGGUAGGUUUAUUGCCAGUCAUGGCAGAAGGGGAACAGAGGCCAAUGACCAGGCAAGCACAGUUUGUGUCCAUUCGCCAAUAUUGUGCUCAAACCACUACUACCCCACCCCUCCCUCCCCCACACCACCACCAUCUCUCAGAGGAGCCCUACUAUGUGACAGUGACACUCCUCUGCUCCCUCAUUGGUCCAAAAGUCCGUACCUGCCCAUGAAAGCAACUCGCCACAGCAUCGUUAUUGGAACCAUAUCACAAACUGAAUGACAAAUCCUACUGUAUACUGUAUAUAACCUGUGUUGUUUCAGCACGGCAAGCAGGAUAGAACUGGGAGUCUAAACAUGUGUAAGGAAACCAUUUCGCCACCUACCCCUAUGGAACACAAUGUGAAGGCAUUUUUGGUAACUUGGUUUAAACUAGUCUACAGUUAUUUUAUGAGUACUGAAACGAGAACCAUUCAGGGUCUUUUCACUCACGUAAAUAGUCUGUUUGGUUAAGGCGUUGGUUUUGUCCUGUUGAAGAGCCAUGAUAGGUUUGGUGGACACAGGAGGUUAGUGAAACCAGGAUAUGAUGCCAAUGGGUGCCCGUCUUUAGCCAUAUUUCUCCAUCCUCUAAGAAACACCACCACCUGUCUUGGGUAUCUGAGGGAUGAGGUUCCAAGAGGUUUUGGGAUGAAAAUAUAUAGAGAAAAGGAGGAAAUCCCAUGCGAGUAUCAUUCUCUUGUCGUCAAUCUCUACAGUGAAAGAAGGAUCAAAUAUAUGAUAUACAUUUACAGUUCUGGGGGAGAAACUUUUGGAUGGAUUGUUAGUGACUAUCUAACUUGACAUUGACAAUGCUUUGUUAAUCUGGUGCCUAUGACUGAUGGGACCGUUGCAAGUAAGGAUUCCCUAAUAGUGUCUGUGGAGAAACCGCCCACGUGACAUCACUCUGCUAAAAGGAGAUCUUUAUGAGACACUUACUGACAGACUACACCUGCCUGGCUCUUUAUCCUGUGUUCUAAUUAUUUGUUUGUGUGUGUGUGUGUGUGUGUGUGUGUGUGUGUGUGUGUGUGUGUGUGUGUGUGUGUGCGUGCGUCUGGGUGUCUGUGCCUCCUGAUAUACACUGUGAAAUGGGAAAUAGUUGACACAAUCUUGUUCUUAAGUUUGACACAUCCAUUACUGUACUUCUGGACAGAACUGUUCCUGAAGCUCACUAUCUUGCAAACUGGUAUGAUCAUGUUUUAGGGGAUGCUCGUUGAUUUAAAGCUGGAAUCCGUACUUGCUGGAGCUGCCAUGUCGGUUUGCGAUAUUAAAGAGACACUUACUUCAAAACAAUGAGCACUGUUCUUUCCCUUGGACAUCACUGCACAUCACUGCACGCCCGAUAGAACAGCAGAGUAUUUACUGCAAUUUUCUUUUACCACAAUGCUAGAUGCUCAUCUCCUCCGUUUCACCAACAAAAAAACAAAAAAAGCGAUAGCAAAAGCCCCGGGUCGAGAUGGCGCUGUUUCACCUUAUGCGGAUUUCAGCUUUAAAGCCUCAUACAGAGGAAUCACAUGUUUUUAAUACAAAAGUGUAUUAAUAUUGACAGAUCUAUGUCACAUAAGUUAAAAGCAGUAAUGAUAGUCCAUGUGUAGUACCGAUUGAUUAUUUCAAAGUUAGGUUUUAAAUGGCCUUUUUUAUAGGAAAUAGAUGUAUGGAGGUAUGCUACUUGCAAAGUGCUGCUGUUUAUGUUGGGUGUAAUGUAUACAGUCACUGUAUAAUGUCCCAUGGGUAUUUCUAACUUCAUUUAUGUUACGGGAUUACGAGAGAGAGUGAGUGUCACAGAGAGAAUGAGACCAUAAAGGACAUUGUAUAUCACUGAAAUGGAGUUGUUAUUUUUCACCAGAAAGAUAUACUUACUGUAUGUUAAUAUACUUACUGUAUGUUAAUAUACUUACUGUAUGUUAAUAUACUGUAUGCUCCUUUGAGAGACAGAGGGAUGAAAAGAGCCUUCCAUCCCUGGGGCUAAUGUAAUUGCCUUUAAGUGUGUGUGUGGUGUGCGUGCAUGAGUGUGUGUGUGCUUGUGUGUAUGUGGGUGUGCAUGUCUAUGAGUGCAGGUGUGGGUGUGUGUGCACAUGUUCACUGUGUCCAUUUGUGUGUGCUUGAUUGAUGUGUGAAGAGAGCACCACAAUUCUCAUCUAAUUACACUUAACUUUAAUUACUCCCAGCUGUACCCAUGUCCUUUUCUUUCACUAUUUUGUCUUAGUUUUUUUUUUAAC